CUGCUGUGCUUGCCUCGUGCCGCCGCUUAGUCCUGCACUACCAAGUGGCAUCAAGCAACGAGGGGUUAUGUGUCUCGCGAUUCGACUCAACAACGGAGGGAAGUAUCGGUGUAAAUGAUAGUCGCGCGUGCUAGCGAUGGUGGCAUUCGGUUCUUUGCCGUCCCUGGUCUGGGCAUUCUGUCGUUGCAGCUGCUGCGUGCGAGACGAGCUUGGUCGCCAUGGAGAUCGUUCACCUGCUUCUCGACUUCACCCUGCUGCCCGUCAGCAUUGCGUUCCUCUUCUUCAUCGCGCCCUUGGUUGCGGCCAUGCGCUUUGCGUCGUGGGCCUAUGGCCUUUUCUUCCCCGAGGACGUGAGGGGCAAGGUCGUCAUCAUCACGGGCGCGUCAUCGGGCAUCGGCCAGGAGGCAGCUCGGGUGUAUGCGCAGAAGGGCGCGCGGUUGGUGCUGGCGGGGCGGCGGGAGGAGGAGCUUCGGCGCACGGCGGACAUGUGCAAGCUGGAGGGCGCAGAGGCGCGCGUGGCGCUGGUGGACGUGACGGUGGCGGCCGAGUGCGAGAAGCUCGUCAGUGAUACCAUCGCCGCCUUCGGACGCCUGGACCAUCUGUUCAACAACGCGGGCAUGGCGCACAGCUUCUACAUGGAGGAGGCUAGGAACACGGAAGUCGCGCAGGUCAUGGACGUGAAUUUCUGGGGCGCCAUAUACCCGACGUUCUACGCACUGCCGCAUCUGCGGCGCUCUCAAGGCCACAUCGUGGUCACGUCGUCCGUGGCGUCCUUCAUCCCGUACCCGCGCAUGGCCAUUUACAAUGCGUCGAAGGUGGCGCUGGUGAACUUCUUCGACACACUGCGCGUGGAGGUGGGCGAUGAGGUGGGCAUCACUGUCGCCACGCUGGGAUGGACGGAGAGUGAAAUGACGGCUGGCAAAUUCGUCACGGCUGAAGGGAGGGUGUCGUGGGACAAGGAACAGAGAGACGCACAUGUGGGCCCAUUUCCAGUGGAGGCCACUUCGUGGUGUGCGUCUGCUAUUGUGAAUGGCGCCUUGCGUCGCCAGCGCUAUGUGCGGGUGCCGUCGUGGUAUACCACGUUCCUCUACUAUCGUGUCUUUGCCCCAGAUGUCGUAGAGAGCUUGUUGCGCCUCUUGUUCACGGCCCCCAGAGGGAAGGCGCCGAUAAGCAAAAUGGUGGUAGAGCUGGGUGGUGAGAAGAUGCUGUAUCCACAAGCCAUUCAAAAAGGAGGGUAGAGGGUGGUUGUUGUUGGGCUGAGAAAAGCCCUUAGGAUCUUUUGCAGAGACUAAGUCCCAGCUGUAGAGACUUGAGACUUGGAGUAGUGCAGCGGAAGUUGAGGCAGUUGAACCCUUGUACUAGUAUG